AAAGUUGUAUAUUCCAUUGGGAACACUUUGCGUAGUCGAAGUCGCAAUUUAAAAUUAUAAUGAUAUUUUGUUUUGUUUGUUUUUUUUCCAUUGAAAUAACCCAUUAAGACAUUUUACCACGACUGGAUAGGGAAGGAGUCCCGUCCUCUAGUAAGAGUAGUCCUUGCGUAUCCCUUGCUUCAAAUAGUGAAUUUAUCCUAUGUCAAAUUGUCAAUCCAACUAGAGGAAUUUCUUAAAUCUAGCUUUCAUAUUUUCGCCCCAUUCUACUAUUACAUUAUACAAUUUAUUUGGAAAUUUUAUUUGCGGGUUUUUUUCUGUUUCAUGGAAGUACUGGUUCUCUUUGAUUAUGAUGGUCAAGCAGAAGAUGAACUUACAAUAAGAAAAGGAGAUGUAAUUGUUGAUGUGAAGAAGCUUGAUGGAGGUUGGUGGCAUGGAAAACUUAAAACGCUUAAAGGGUCCAUCCAAGGACUAUUCCCAGAUAAUUUUGUUAUGGUGGUGACUGAAGCAGAAAUGAAUCAUCCCUCUUCUGUUGUUGUUCGCUCAGAAAAAGGAAGAAAGUGUCGUGCUUUGUUUAGCUAUGCCCCCUCACAUGAAGAUGAAUUGGAACUUACUGUUGGAGAUGAAAUUCAUUUUCUUGGAGAGGUUGAAGAAGGUUGGUGGAGAGGAAAAUUGGGAGGGAAGGUUGGAGUUUUUCCUUCUAAUUUUGUGAUCAUUGAAGAUCCUGCUCCAAGUGCUGUCACCCAAGUGAAAGGAUUGCCCACCAAUCCACCAUCUGUUUCAUCUGAUGUUGCUCCAGAACUACCCCCUAAACCUCUUAAAGAAACUGCACGAGUUCUUUUCCCAUAUUCUGCUCUGCAGCCUGAUGAGCUUGAACUUAGAGAAGGGGAUUUGGUUAUUAUCCAUAGCAAAGAUUGUGAGGACAAAGGAUGGUGGAAAGGAGAAGUUAACAACAAAAUUGGCGUCUUUCCUGAUAAUUUUGUUGAAGUAAUUCCGCAUAAUUCUACCAGUAGUGCAUUUGCCAAGUCCUUGCACCCAGCAUCAAACAUUUCACCUUCCUCUUGCACAAAUAAAGCACCACAACUAAGAAGUGGUGUUCUGAAGAAUGAAUCUGGUAGUCUUUCUUCGGCCAACACUCUUACUUCAGAUCCCUUUGGUAUGUAUGCAGGUGUGACUGGAAAUAUUGUAGAGAAUCCCAAUUCUCUGAGUGAUGAACAAAAGUUGAAACAAGUUGAAGCUGAUAUUUUGAAUGUAAUAACCCCAACGGAAUCACUUUCUCAUAUCACAACAUCUAGAGCACGUCCAACCAAGAGCCGUAGGCCGCCAUCAGCUUUAUUUCUAAAGGAUUCUGAAAAUUGCGAUUCAAAUGGAGGCUUUCCUGUACCUUCAACUGCGGUUGGUGGAUUGAGUGUACACCCAGAAGAAUUGGGGCAAAGCAGGCUGUUGUCACCUGUUGAGCUGCAGCAACAGCGCCCGAAAACAACGAUUCGGAAUUCAUCUAUAAAACCACCUUGGAUGGAAGAACUAAAACGGAAUCAGGAGAAGAAAGAGAAAGGUUCAUUUACUACGACCAUGAGUAGUAACACCCUCGAAAAACCUGCUGUUCCUCCAGUUAAACCCAGCAUAAUUGGAAAAUCUGUUAACACUUCUACAGAUGUUCCACAGUCUGAAGGGCAUUCGUUUACCCGUGCUGGUAACGAGCCAGUCUCCCACAAAGUGGGGCAAAAGAAUGCUAUAGCAAAGAUUGAGCCGUCUUCGUCCUCAAUAAUAGCUUCAGUAAGUCCCGAAAUUCCACCUCCAAAAUCAUUAGUGAAUACUUCCGGGGCACCAACUUUGGCAAACGUACCACUUAUUGAAAAACCUCCUUUUGCUGUUCCAACCGUUGUUGAUGAAAAAAGUGCGAUGCUGGGAACAGGAACGUCGAUGUCAUUGAAAGGAUCGCCAGAAGCUGGCUUAAAUAGCCUUAAUAUCGAGGAAUUCACAAAACAAAAAAUUUUGACAACUUUUCCUUCCAAUGACACAAAACAAUCUGUUGGUUUGCGAAAUCACCUUCCAGUCAGCCUCAAUGAAGAAGCACAAUUAAGCAAGUCAGAAGAUACAGUUCAGCAUGAAUUACAAACCCUUCGUCUUCGUGUAGCUUCCUUGGAGACUACCGUUCAAAAUCUUCAAAUGGAGCUUAUGCAGUUAAAGAAUUCAUCUGCUGACGAACAUAGGUGUAGGUGCUUGAAAAAAAAGAACAGCAAUGAAGCUUCUUUGGUUCACAUUUAAAGUGAAAUGGCUAAUUUAAUUUUAAUCAUUACUUCUUUUAUAUAAAUUCGAAAUGUGUAUCGUGAUGUAGUGUUUAGCAUUAUAAUAAUUAAUCGACUCUAAUUUUAUCACUAUUAUACUCUACUUUAGUAGACAUUCCAACCCUCAGUCAGCAUUAGUCAGGUAAGUUAAAUGAACUUUCGGCAUUGAGAUACCUCUUCUUGAAGUGUAACUCAGUUUUUCUAAAGAGUAUCGGUAGCCUACGCACACACAACUGAUCAAAAGCUACAAUAAGCGCCUUUUUUUUCUUGGCGAACAACUAUCGAGCCAAUAGAUCUCCGUUCUUCCGAAAGAAAACUAAUUUGCACUUUGUAUUCAUUUCACCGCCGAGAAGCUGGAAUGAAAUCUUAACAUUUGCAAGAAGCCGUAUAUCUCGUAAUUUCAAGUCGCAAUUUUUUAAAUCCUUACAAGUACUAAGAUUUCAUAAAUUAAAUUGUAGUGGUGCUAUCAUGGUUGAGCGUACUUAAUUCUUGAAAUUGCGCAAAUGUAAGCUUUCCAGUGUAUUACAUGAACUCCUGAUCUUG